UGAUCUAGAAACUAUGCAAUCUAGGAAAACCUCAAAAAAAAAAAAAAUUAAUUCUCUUUAGCUUCAAAUAUUUUCAUAUUUUUUUUUCUAUUUCGAGGCAAUGGAAUCUGAUUCAUCUUCUAAUCUUGAGAAUUUGAAAUUGAGUAACAAAUUAGAAGAUGACAUAAUAACUCUGAGGUUACUAGAGCUAACAGAUGUUGAUGAUUUUAUGGAAUGGCUCGGUGAUGACAACGUUAGUAAAUUCUGUUCAUGGGACACUUUCAAAUCCAAAGAAGAUGCAAUAUCAUACGUAGUUGAUGUUGCAAUUCCACAUCCAUGGUUCAAAGCAAUUUGCUUAAAUGGCAAACCAAUUGGUACAAUUUCAGUUUCACCUUUUUAUGGUACUAAUAAAUGUAGAGGUGAACUUGGUUAUGUGAUAGCAUCAAAGUAUUGGGGCAAAGGGAUUGCUACCAAAGCAGUGAAGAUGGCGGUGUCCGCCAUCUUCGUAGAGUGGCCUCACUUAGAGAGACUUGAAGCUGUGGUGGAUGUUGAUAAUCCAGGAUCACAAAGGGUGUUGGAAAAAGUUGGUUUUAAUAAAGAAGGUGUUUUGAGGAAGUAUUAUUUACUUAAAGGGAAAACAAAAGAUAUUGUUAUGUUUAGUAUUUUAUCUAGUGAUCAAUAAGUUACCAAAAGAAAAAAGAAGGAAAAUUCAUGGACCGGCCCUAUCAUUUGUACCCAUAGGAAUUACGAGAUCAACCUAAGGAUGUCUUUGGCAUGCAGUGGUUACGGACCGACCAUAGAAACCUAUUAGCUAUUUUAUGUAAGUAAGUUUGUAAAAUUUUAAUUAAUUAAUUAAUUUCUUAUCAAGCAUAAGAAUGUUUUGAGUGUGUUGAGAAAUUAAAUAUUUCUUGAAUGUUGAGGAGUCCAUUUUUAGUUUUUA